AUGCCACUCCGUGCCUACGUUUGCCCAUCGAUUCUCAACGCCGACUUGGCGGCGUUGGCAUCGGAAUGCAAGAAAUUGUUGGCAGCUGGAGCGGAUUGGCUCCAUCUGGAUGUAAUGGAUGGUCACUUCGUUCCGAAUCUAACAAUCGGUCAUCCAGUCGUCGAAUCUCUCCGUAAAUCUCUUGGACCAGAUGCCUUUUUUGAUGUUCAUUUGAUGGUUUCGAAUCCUGGACAAUGGGUUGAUCCAAUGGCCAAAGCAGGCGCCAGCCAAUUCACAUUCCACUAUGAAGCUGUGGACGGCGGUGACGUGGCAGUUGGAGAAUUGAUCGAGAAAAUCAGAAAAAGUGGAAUGAAAGUGGGCCUAUCGGUGAAACCAGGCACUUCUGUGGAGCACAUUUUGAAACACGCUGAGCACAUCGACAACGCGUUGAUCAUGACCGUCGAGCCGGGAUUUGGUGGACAAAAGUUUAUGGAGAACAUGAUGGAGAAGGUCCGCGCCAUCCGCAACGCCCAUCCUUCCCUGACCGUUCAAGUCGACGGUGGUGUCACUCCGGAAAACAUUGAAAUAUCGGCGAAAGCUGGAGCCAACGCGAUUGUCAGUGGAACUGGAAUUAUCAAGGCAAAAGAUCAAGCGGAAGCAAUUUCGACCAUCAAGACCGCCGUCGAGAAUGCGAUCGCUGGAAAAAUUUGA